AUGAGCAGCAGCACCGUCCCCAGCCAGCCAGCGCUGGUCUCUCAGACUAUGUCCAGCUCCACGGCAGCUCCGACUGUACCAUCGGUUCCAUCAGCCCCAUCAUCCACUCGUUCAAGACAUAGACGCCGUGGGAGGGGCCCCGCAAACCGUCAAGGCCAAUCCAAUCCCACAGCCCAAUCGACCAGCGACCAGCCUCCUCCAGAGCAGCAGGGACAACCAGGUGAUACUGUGCCCACUGACCCAUCAGCUGGACCGCCUCGUUCACGGAAAGGGCAGAAAGAAGGCAGAGGAUCUGGAAGUCGCAAAGGCCGUGGUAAUGGACCUCGACAAAGCGGGCAAGCACAAAAUGGCGAACCAUCGGACCAAAUAUCACAAAGACAGUCUCGAGGAAUGAGAGCAAGAGGAUUUGGGGCCCGACUGACCAAAGCAGACGAUGCGCAGGACGGAACAGACCCUCAAGCCCCUGCAGACCCAGAUGCAAAUCUCCGUGCCGACGCGCCGGCUUUUGUACCCGGUAUGCCUGCAUCUGCCCCGCCACCUUCUGCAGCUUCGGGAUCGACCAGCAAAGGAAAAGGGAAGCAAAAGCCCAAACAACCUCAAAGGCCGCCCAAGGUCACGACGAAAUCUGUUGCCGACGACAUAGCCACCCGUAUCCACGAAGAUAUCGCCCACAACCUUUACGAAUGUCCUAUAUGUACAAGUGAGCUUGGAAGAAGAUCCAAAGUUUGGUCUUGUGAACUUUGUUGGACUGUGUUUCACUUGAGUUGUAUCAAAAAAUGGUCUACCAACGAAGGAUCUGCCGCUGCGCGACAGCCACAAAACGCAGAAGGGGCUGUUACCCCCCAAGGCGUGGCGUUGUCCUGGCUGCAAUCUGUCACAUGA